AUGCAAGCUUCAAGUGCCUCACCUGUGAGCAACACUACAACACCUUCAAACACAACCACCGUCACCAAAUCAAAAGAACAAAUACUGAUCCAGAGUUCUGGGGCAAUGAUUGCUGUCAUUGUCAUAGGUAUUAUCAUCAUUCUUGCCAUUCUACUGAUCAUCUUGAAGACAUAUAACAGGCGGACACAUGUAUCUCGAGUCCUGGGAGUCAACAGGGGCUCCAAACCUCGUCCAAAACUGUCACAAUCCACAGUUCAGAGCAACAUGCCACUGAGCACCUUGGGAGUCAGCUCUGUGUCAGGCAUCAUGGGCAACUCAAACCAAGGCUCACCGAACGGCUUCCAGUUUCCCAGAAUGGAACUGAACAGCAUGGAGGGAAACCAAAUAGAGCAGUUCAGCACCACCAGUGAAUCCACUGUAGUCACCAUGCAUGACCAUCCAUCACUAGGAAACACAUAG